AUGAUCGUGUGUUAUUAUAUUUUAAUUAAUAAACUAGGUCUUGAUUCAUCAACAGCUCGUAAUGUUAUGGAAUAUCUUCAUGAAUUAUCAAGACGAGGACGUACAAUAAUUUUUUCAAUUCAUCAACCACGUUAUUCUAUUUUUAAAUUAUUUGAUACACUAUUUAUAGUAGCUGCUGGCUAUUGUGUUUAUCAUGGUCCUGCAAAUUCAGUACUUCCAUAUUUUUCUUCAGUUGGUUAUGUAUGUGAAGAACAUGAUAAUCCAGCUGAUUUUCUUCUUGAUGUAACACAAGGUGAUAGUCGAAAAGAAAAUAUCAAUCAACACGAUCCAAAUAAAGCUCAUGAACAAAAUGCUCUUCAUUUACAUGAUUUAUAUAUAAAAUCAGAUAUAUAUGCAUCAAUGCAACAAGAAAUAACAAAUGCAAAUAAUCAGAGAAUAACAACAAAAAUGAAUUAUGAACAAUUAGCUUCAAAAUCACGUAUAUUAGAAAUUCUUUAUGUUGCUCAACGUACAUUACGUAAUGUAUAUCGAAAUCCAGUUUUAGUUACAAUGCAAACAGUUGUAACAACUAUUUUUGCAGUAUUAGUUGGUUUAAUUUAUUUACAAGUUAGUCGUGAUGAAGAUACUGGAGUUAGAAAUCGUAUGGGUGCAAUAUUUUUUAUUGUAACAAAUCAAGUUAUGGCAAAUUUAUCAGCUAUUGAAUUAUUUCUUAAAGAACGUGUUUUGUUUAUACAUGAAAAUGCAAGUGGAUAUUAUCAUGUUUCAACAUAUUUUAUAGCGAAAUUAAUGUGUGAUUUAAUACCAUUACGUAUAAUUCCAUCGAUUAUUUUUUCAGCUAUCGUUUAUUUUAUGAUUGGUUUUCAAAAAAUAGUAGAAAAAUUUUUUAUUUUUUAUUUUGCUAUUUUUUUAACAACAACAUGUGGAGCUGCAAUUUGUUUUCUAUUGUCGGCUAGUGUAGAAGUAUUUGGUAUUGCAAAUUUAUUAGCUGCAAUGUGUUUUGUAUUGAUGAUGGUUUUUGGAGGAUUUUUAGUCGAAGUAUCAUCAGUUAUUAAAUAUUUAUCAUGGAUUAAAUGGGUUAGUUUAUUUCGAUAUUCAAUGAAUAUAAUUACUAUAAAUGAAUUUAGUGGUUUACAAUUUUGUUUAAAAAAUAAUACAAAUAUUUGUCCAAUUAAUGGUAUAGAUAUUAUACAUAAUGUUGCACAUGUUGAAUAUGAAAACCAAUGGGAUUUAUGGAAAAAUUUUGUUGCAUUAGGCUCAAUGACAACUAUAUUUUUUAUUUUGACAUAUAUACAAUUACUUCGUAUGAAGAAGACAAAAUAA